CAGGCUCUUCCGAGCGUGCGGGUCAACCACAAACCAUGUCCUUCAUCAAAAGUCUCUUCAAAAAGAGCGGGUCUGAGGACUACGAGCAGAUCCUCGAGUCGCUCGCGGCGGACGUGCAGAAUCGGCAGACGCGCCUGUCCGAGCUGCGCCUCCGUGAGCGACGAUUCACGCUCCAGGUUACGCUCGUCACGCUCUCUCUCUGGGCGCUGUAUGUCAGCAUGUGGUACGGAGGCGUGUGGCCUGUCGCGUCGCCGCACAGGGCAGAGGGUCUGGAGAAGGCGGUGAGGGGCGUGCCGGUUCUUGUUGGGCCUAUUAUUAUCUUGUUCUCGCGACGGAUAGUCCAGGUGUGGUACACACGCAAGGGCGACGCCGAAGAGAAGCAAUUACGCGAAGUGAUGAAGAAACAGCGGGAAAAGGUCGAGGAGAUCAAGAAAAAGACCAACUACUACACCACGCGCAGCCUCCUGGAGAAGUACGACGCCGUUACACCCGCACCUGCGGGCCGCCCGGGCCAGGCUUUGCGGCAGAGACAACAGGCUCAGCAGCCUAAGCCGCAGCCGCAGCAGCCUACGACACCUCAAGCUCCGGGCGGUCUUAGGCAGAUGAACCCGGCACAGAUGAUGCAGACGCCGCAAAACGGGAAGCUGAAUUCUGUCCUACAGAUUUCGCCUACGCCCCAGCCAAUUGGACCCAUACGCAAGCAGUGGUACGACAAGGUUGCGGACGCGAUCCUUGGCGACGACGCCAGCGCUGAAGGCCCAGCCACUUCCCGCUACGCGCUCAUAUGCGAGAAGUGCUUCAUGCAUAAUGGUCUGGUGAAAGAGAGCAUGUGGCAGGAUACCCAAUAUGUCUGCCCGAAAUGUGGUCACUUCAAUGCCUCCCCACGUUCCCGCUCCCAAGCUGCGAGCCGCUUAUCGAUCUCGCCGCAGGGCAUGUCCGUUCCUCUGCCUCCCUCUUCAAGACUCUCGCCUUCCUCUAACGGCGCUGCCCCCUCUGUCUCCGUCGCUCCGGCAACGGAUGUGAGCGCGGUGGGCAUGCUUCCGGAUGCUCGGGCCGACGGCGAAGGACCAGAUCCGGAUCACGGGUCGAGCGAGAACAUGGAGGUCGACCACGAUUCGCGAUAAUACGCGACUCGGGGUUCGGUGGGCUGCAUGUGCAGGUGGGCAUGGACCAAGGUUCGAGUAUCAUAGGUGGUCUCAGAUAAUGCAUAUAACUACAGCCCUUUUAGCUAGCUUGGUUCUGGCUUGGUUUGCUUUCCUCGUUUUUCCAUUUGCUUUUUUCUUCCAUAUCCUUUCCACCACUUUCCGUCGCUCUUUUGCUUUCUUUUGUUUUCUUUCCACUAUCGCAUCACC